CUGAGCCAGAUGCCGUGACUUUAAAGGUGGCCCGGAAGAGCAGCGCUGAUCUGGGGGUACUCACGUUACUGUUGGAACUCGCGGCACGAAUGCGACACCGUAAAGCGGCGGCUGGAGUGGAAUGUGGCAGUUUGAUUGCGGUUGGCUGUUCGGAUUACCUGCGGGGAAGU